CCAUUUGGUAACAUUACCAUCAGGCAUUAAAUUGCUAGUCCCACACGGCUGUGGUGGGACGCUGCUGACUCUGGCAUUUGCUGUACUCCAAUGAGGGCUUCCUGAGCCCACGUCUGUCGGACUCUAACUUGCAUUAUGCACGAGUAGUUCGACGCAGCCGGCGUCUCUCUCUCUCUCUCUCUCUCUCUCUCUCUCUUUCAACAAUUGCUGCUAUUGUCAAUGCUUGCAGCAGUAGGUAAUUGACUGACCACCACCAGCUUUUUUGUGCUGGCAUGUAUCCUAGGGGUGGAUGUGCAGCAGUUGCGUAUCAGUGAUUGCAGCGAUGCAUUGUCCUGCUGCUACAGUCACAUCUUGUGGUAGCUUGAUAGGUCAAACACCUACCGAGAUGCUCCUCAAUGCAAUGAAUGACUACAUUAUUCCUGUCACCACUAUGUUGGUGGUUGGUUCCUCUUUUAUUCUUUUUAUUCGAGGAAUGCAUGGUCGACUAUAAACCCAAGUAGUUUAGGUUCAUGUGAACUAUCAUGCACCGUUUUAUUCUGAUCAGGCCGGCCAAAAGGACUGAAUCCACACUGUAGAGCUCGUGAAUCCUUUCUUACGGCGACGCAUCCUUCGUCGGACAACCGGUGCCGUGAAAUGAAUGCAUCAGAAGUCGUGUUAGUCGCCGACGCCACUUUUGAAGUGGUGGCGUUCUCGUGAAUUCGUCAUCUUCUCAGGGGUGUAAUGUGCCUUCGGCUGCCGCAGUCAGCUGUCGACUUCCCCGAUUCACGUGGACCUGCGGCACAGAUUUGCUUGUCGUGUGUCGUCCGCCUUUCGCCGCCUUGUCCUGUGUAGGUCACCGCCCUCGCGUCCGUUCACUAAAUUGUUCCUGCGGCACAUCGCAGCCGUCGGCUCCCCGUUCAAAAAUUCCGCACGAGUCCACGUGUGUUGGCCCAUCCACCUUGGCUCUUCUGUCUCAGCCGAGCCGCCAUUCGGGGAACUGCGUCUUCCCAAUGGUUGUAAGUCACACGUGAUGAUGUAGGGUCCACGAGAACACCAAUCACAAGGGCCGUCACGAGUGACCUAGGGUGACGAGCCCGGGGCCUUUCAAAUUUGAGCAUCAUAACGGUCGGAUGGCCCAUCAACCCGUCCCUGCCGUCCGAUCGAUCGGCCGCUGCAACGGACGCCAUUAAAUAUCCCGAACGGCAACUCGAACUCUCCUGCCUUCCUCCUCACCGCCCAACACCCUCCUCCUCUUUGAUGCGCGUGAGCUCUGUCUUAUCGCUUCUGCUUCGGGAGGAGAAGCCACUGCUCUCCGUUAUCUUCCUUUUCGCCCUUGCGUCGUUCGCUUUCCUGAAGAACAAGAAGAAGGGCUCGGGCGUCGCCGUCGCCACCGCUUCCGUUUCUGGACGCCACGUUUCUCAGCCACCACAACAGAACGAUCCGGUCGAAGAUCAGCGGGAUCAACACCACCAACAGCAGCAGCGAGUCAUGGUGGAAGAAACAGAGCACAACACCUCCGACGGCAACGUCGCAGCGAUGCCGGUGGAGGACUGGCUCUCCCGCGCCCGCCUCCUCGUCCCCACCGCCCUCGAGAAGGCCCGGUCCGCCAGGGGCUUCGCCGGGCGAUGGAAGUCCAUCGCCUCCAAGAUCGAGCGCGUGCCCACCUGCCUCUCCGACCUCUCCACCCACCCCUGCUUCGCCCGCCACGCCCUCUGCCGCGAGCUGCUCGAGUCCGUCGCCGCCACCCUGUCCGAGGCCGUCGAAUUGGCCGACCGCUGCUGCGGCGGUGACGGCGGCAAGCUCCGGAUGCAGAGCGACCUCGACGCGCUGUCAGGAAAGCUGGACCUCAAUCUCCGUGACUGCGGACUCCUCGUCAAGACCGGCGUCCUCGGCGAGGCAGGCCCCCCUCCGGCCUCCACCCCCGCUCGACCAGGCGAGGCAGAGUUCUCCAGAUCGAAACUCUGCGAGCUUCUCGCCCGUCUCCAGAUCGGGCACGCCGAGGCGAAGCACCGGGCCUUGGAUGGGCUGUUGGAGGCGAUGAGGGAGGACGGCAAGAGUGUGAUGGCGGUCUUGUGCCGAAGCAACGUCUCCGCCCUCGUACACCUAUUGACCGCGUCCUCCCCCAAGGUCCGCGAGAAGGCCGCCACCGCGGUAUACUCGCUCACCGAGUCGGAAAACUGCGGGAAUCUGCUGGUCUCCGAAGGGGUGCUGCCGCCGCUGAUCCGGCUUCUGGAAUCCGGUAGCCUAGUGGCCCGAGAGAAGGCGGUGAUCUCGCUUCAGAGGUUGUCGAUUUCCGCCGACACCGCCCGCUCCAUCGCCGGCCACGGUGGGAUCCUCCCUCUCAUCGAAGUCUGUCAGGUCGGCGACUCCACCUCCCAGUCGGCAGCUGCGGGUGCGCUGAAGAACCUGUCGGCGGUGCCCGAGGUGAGGCAGAGCCUGGCGGACGAGGGAGUCGUCCGUGUCAUGAUCAACCUGCUCGACUGCAGUGUGGUGUCGGGAUCGAAGGCGCACGCCGCCGGGUGUCUGCAGCAGUUAACAUCAAGCAACGAGAGCCUGAGGAGGUGGGUGGUGUCGGAGGGAGGGGUUCGGAGCCUCCUGGCGUACAUCGACGGACCCUCGCCACAGGAGGCAGCAGUGGGCGCAUUGAAGAACCUGGUGUGCUCCGCGCCCAUGGAUCGUCUGAUCUCACUCGGCCUGCUUCCUCGCCUAGUACACGCGCUGAAAGAUGGAUCCCCGGGGGCACAGCAGGCGGCGGCAGCCGCCAUCUGCAAGAUCACAAGCUCGGCGGAGGCGAAGAGAACGGUCGGAGAAUCCGGUUGCACGCCCUUGCUGGUGAAGAUGCUGGAGGCCAAGAGCAACGGCGCGAGGGAAGCGGCGGCACAAGCCAUGGCCAGCCUGAUGACCCACCCGCACAACGCGAGGGAGGCCAAGAAGGAGGAGAAGGGCGUGGCGAACCUGGUCCGGUUGCUCGACCCCACCCCACAGAACACGGCGAAGAAGUACGCGGUGGCUUGCCUGCUGAUCCUGUCGUCCAGCAAGCGGUGCAAGAAGAUGAUGGUGUCCCACGGAGGGAUCGGGUAUCUGAAGAAGCUGGCGGAAGUGGAUGUUCCAGGAGCGAGGAAGUUGCUCGAGCGACUGCAACGGGGGAGGCUUCGGAGCUUGCUGUUCGCCAGGAGAUAGGCUGCGAGCUCCUCUCUCUCUCCAUGUUUCAGUGUCUCUCUGAAACAUCGCGGACUACCGACUGCAACAAGAAGCCAGUGAUAGAUUUGUAGGCUCUUCUUUAUCGGUUUGAUGUCUCUGCUGCUGAUGAUUUCAUGCCUUGUGAUUGAUUUCGUAGGAACAGUUGAAAUGACGAGAAAGAUCUCUCCAUC